CCCCCUCUCCUCUCUCCCACACAGCUCCUUCCCAGCUAGCCCAAAACCACCACCAUGCUCGCUGUCACCAACACUCUCCGCGUCGCCCGCACCCAGGCCCGCGCCUUCUCCCUCUCUGCCCUCCGCAGCUCCGAGGGUAUGCCGUCGGGCCACGGCAACGACUCGAUGAAGAAGCGCGAGAAGGCCGCCGAGGACCAGUACGUCCGCGACGCUGAGCGCGAGAAGCUCAAGGCGCUGCAGAAGUCGAUCGAGGCGUCCAAGGCGCACCUCGCCGAGCUCGAGAAGAGCCACGGCGAGCUCGAGGCGAGCAUCGGCAAGAAGAACUAGAGGGCCGUCCUGCUCGGGCGUCUUCCUUUUCCGGUUCUGUGUGCUUGGAGGGAGCGACGAGGAGGAGGUUGUGCGUCGGGUGCGAGUCGGAAUCGGCUGGACGGCGAGGAGGAGGCGAGGCGAGUUUGAACCAAGGAUACCACUCUGGAAAUUCUAGCAGCGUUUGUGGCAGU